AUGCUUUAAAAAUAAAUAAGAUCCACCUUAAUAAGAGGUGGAACAAGUAAAGGUUUAUUUUUUUUAGAAUCAGACCUCCCCAAAUGUCCCUAAGAGAGAAACCACAUAUUUUUAAGAAGUUUAGGAUCUCCUGACCCAUAUAAAAACCAAAUCGAUGGUAUUGGCGGCGCCACAUCAUCAACAAGCAAAAUAAUAAUAGUUAACAAAUCAUAAUAUAAAGGAAUUGAUUUUGAAUAUACAUUUGGAUAAGUAUCAAUUAAUAAAAAUCAAAUAGAUUUUAGUGGAAACUGUGGUAAUUUAUCAUCUGCUGUUCCUUUAUUUGCAGUACAUUCAGGUUUAGUUUAGGAAAAAAACCUAUAUAAAAUGUAUUAGAAAGCCAUAGAUUAAUGCAUAGAAGCGUAAAUUGAAGAUUUUAAAGAUUAUACCUAUUUCAUUGAUGGGGUAGCUUUUGGAGGUCUUAAAGUAGGACUGAAAUUCCUUAAACCAGGAAAAAGUAUGUGUAAGGAAAUUUUUCCGAGUGGAAAUUUAAUUGAUUUUAUUGAUGGAGUUUAGGUUACUUUGGUUGAUUCUGGAAUUCCUUCUGUUUUUGUAAAAAAUUCUGAUUUGAAUAUUUUUGCUGGAGAAAAUAAAAAUUUUUUAAAUAGUUAAGAAAGUUUAAAGUAAAAAUUAGAAAAUAUUAGAUGCUAAGCUAGUGUUUUAAUGGGAAUUACUUAAAAUAUAGAAAGUGCUAAAUUAAAAUAAACUUAUCCAAAAAUUUGUGUGGUUUCAGAUUCUAUAGAUUAUAUAGAUUCUGCUGGAAGGGAUAUUAAAAAAGAAAAUAUUGAUGUUUUAGCUAGGUAUUUGUCUAUGGGAGAUUUUCAUCAUGCGAUUCCUAUUACUGGGGCUGUGGCUUUAACUACUUGUUUAUAAUUUAAAGAUACGGUUUGUGGAGUAUUAUUAGGAUAGGACAUGGGUCAGGGAUUAUUGAAACUAAAGGAGAAAUUUAAAAUAAUGAUAUUUAAUAUGUUAUGCUUUUUAGAAGUUGUCGUAUUAUUAUGA